ACAUACGCUUUUAUAAGGUUCAUCUGUCACGCGCGCGUGAUCUGUGAUACCCGCCGAGACGAGGGUGACAGUGCCGCGAUAAGAGUCGGUUCUCUCUCGAACGGUGCGUCAGUGCCGUGGUUCUCGCGAUUCUCGCCCACGCAGCCAAGUUAUCGCCGCUGUCUGUCGAACCGGACCCGCUGAGUGUGCUCGAGAGAGAUAAUCCAAUCGCGUCGUCCGCUCGCUCGACUCUUUGCGGCCCUUGCGACAGGAUGUCAGCCAAUAAUCUCAGCGAAAUCGAGCCGUUCAAUAAGACGCCUAUGGAGCAAGAAUCCUGCCAAGAUCACGAUGAUCACGUAAUCAUAGAAGGAAAUCUAAAGAUCAAUGCCGACAUCAAUACGGAGAUUGAAACAGCAACUCAUGCGGAACCUUUGACCCCGGAAGAAAUUCGAUGGUUUUACAAAGACGGUGUCGACAAAAGGUGGAACGAAUUCUGCGGAUAUGACAGCCUAAGAAUCGAAAAGAUUUAUCAAGAACGUCAAUGUUUACUCGGCCAAAGUAACAAUGAGACGAACAAUCUGCCGCCUGCUGAGAAAAUCGUGGUCAGAGGAGGCAUGUACGACGUUGAGAUUGACAACAUGAAAUGUGUCUCAAUUUAUUGGCCAGGCGAAGAAUGGGAAAUCAUGAGGGGUACGUGGUAUUACGAUAACAGUUGGAUACCUUUGGAAACGGAACAUUCCAAAGUGAUAGAAGAGAUUCAUCUUAAGUUAUUCCAAAAGGAAGACAACAAUCAAAGUAGCUCUACGUGUGAUACAAAUGCGCCGCAGUCUUGCAAAGUAUUACAUACCGAACAAUUCCCGGAAUUUCACGUUGAUUGGCACUCGAUUAGUGACAUGACGUUGUAUAGCGAAUACACACCCACGAAAUUAAUGCGUAGUGUCACAUCAAAACUGGGUUUCGCUAAAACAACAGGCUACCGAUUGAGAAGGAGCUACAAAGCACUUGCGAGUAUGGAAGACAAACCGCGCGAUAUCGAUCACAUUGUAUUUGUUGUUCAUGGUAUAGGACAAAAAAGAGAUACAGGAAAAAUUAUACGUAAUACUACAUGUUUCAGAGACUGCGUGGAUUGGCUUAAGCAGAAAUAUUUCCCGAAUUCCAAACAUAGAGUGGAAUUCUUUGCAGUCGAAUGGCGGUCAUCAUUAAAGCUGGACGGAGACAUAGUGGAAGCCAUUACGCCUUAUAGUGUACUGAGUAUACGUCACCUGCUGAAUACAUCAGCGAUGGAUAUUUUAUAUUAUACAAGUCCGCUCUAUGGCGCUGAGGUCAGAGCCGGCUUACAAAAGGAGUUGAACAGACUGUACUUCAUGUUCGCGAGUCGGCAUCCUGGUUGGCAAGGGAAGGUAUCAAUCUUGGCGCAUUCCCUGGGCUGCGUGAUCGUCUAUGACAUAGUUACCGGUUGGAUGGGACCUGAUACACGACUCCCGUCCCCGCAGGCACAAGAGAUCUUAUUGCAGGGGCUACAGUUUCCCAUUGAAAACCUAUUUUGCCUGGGUUCGCCGCUGUCGGUAUUCCUAGCGUUACGCACACGCACGCCAUCCAAUAGAUUAGAUGUGAUGCCGCAAGGCUUGUGCAAGAGAUUCUACAAUAUAUUUCACUGGUCUGAUCCAGUGGCUUACCGAAUGGAGCCACUGCUGGAAAGGGGCUACAGUAAAAUCGAGCCGGUUCUCAUACCGCCAUAUGGAGGCGUUGACGGCCAGCAGAUGCCGCAGUCGCCCUCGUUAAGUAACGUCGAUCCAACUCUACCGCCUACAGAAAACGAUGAUAAAGAUGAUAAAGAUGAUAAAGAUGAUAAAGAUGAUAGUCCGGGGGAUGCACCGAACCGUAAUGCGGAGAAGGGAUGGAGUCUUUGGGAUCUAGUGCGAGGUGGUUGGAAUGUUAGAGAAGGUCCGUCUUCGCCGACGCCUGACUCAAAUCCACCAAUCCGUCCAGGUCAAGAAUUAGCGCAACGAUUGGAUUACGUGCUACGCGCAAUCGGCUUAGGAAGAAAUUAUUUGUAUACGGUGGCAGCGCACACGGCAUAUUGGAGCAACUACGACGUCGCUUAUUUCGUAUUAACGCGGCUCUUCCCAACACUGGAAACGUGAUGGCGGUUGAAACGUUUCAACGCGGAAACUAUGGAAACUCGUCGAUGGGUUCUCAUACGAUGUUCUAGUCCAUUAUAGGCCUGCCUGAUGAUUGUGAUAUCGCAAAUAGGCCUACCACCAAAAUAAUAUCUGUGAUAACGGAAAAACGAUACAAUAAUGUUGCGAAUUCUAUGGGGUUCGGUGAUUUUAUAUAUUGUAUCCGCAUAAUUUACAGUAUCAAGUUACGCAGAAGUUACGAAGGAACCCCGUUUCUGCUCGUAUUUUCUAAUCGAAAGUAACUUGUUUGUACCAAGCACUUUAGGUGCGAUUGACAUUUCUACGUAGCAUAAUACAUUAGGAGCAUGAAGAAAUGAUAAGCGAGUUUUACGAAUUACGUUACCCCCCCCCCCCCCCCCGAUAGAAAUAUAGUUUAUGCGAAAUGUUUAUUAACUAAGUGCGAUAUACUUUGAAAACUCUCUAUGACUUGUUACGAGAUGACAGUUGUUUUCGAAUAGUUUAUCGGCAAUUGAUAUAUUCUCAUUGAUUGCCUUUGUUGUAUAUUGCCAUAUAUAGAUAAUAUAUUUUACGAUAAGCCAAACGCUGACGCGCUAUUGCUUUUAAGAUAGAGUGAAGUGAGAGGCAAGGUAAUGCUUACGAAUCUUUCUUAUACAAAGUAUAUUCAAGCAGCUGGUCGCGCGAGCUAGAUUUGGAAAUAUUCACGAAUAUUUCGAGCAUAAAACACCACAAUAUUAAGUUAAGAUUUUGAAUAGUACAAUAAGAUAUACGCUACUUAAAAACCUAAUGACAUAAUUUCACCUUUCUGAUUUUAUAUCUUUAAUAGACUAUUCGUAUCAUGAUACAUUAUUUCAUAUCGUUUCAAGGAGUCUGCACAAAAUAUUCCUAUGAAAGAGUUCUUUAACCAAAAUUAAUUUAUUAAAAUUUAUUAUUAAGAUGAACUUUUGAAUACAAAAGAAAAAGAACUUAAUACCAACAAAUAUAACAGAAAUACCAACUUUUCAGUAAAAUUAUCGAAGAAAUAAAAAUUUGUAACUCUAAUAAAAUAUAUCUAAAUUGAGUAAUUUAAAAAUGCCGUGUCUAUAAUUUAGUAUUAUAAUGGAAACAUCAAAUAGUGUUAUACAUAACAUAUAUAAGUUUUAUUUUAUUUUAGGGCAAAAAUAAUUUGUUUAUUGAAAUUUUGUUGAUAAUUAACCCAAAGAAGGAGAAGAAUAAGAUUCUCUUUACGUUGAAAAAUAACCAUCUCUAUGCGUUAUUCAUGCAUUUUAGCGUGAAUAACGCAUUUUAAAUAAUUUAUCACUUAAUUAUCGAAAUGCAAAACAAUAAUAUAAUUUUAUUUAUAAUUAUUGAGAGUUCUGUCUGUCUGUGUCUGUGUGCGUGUGUGUCCCAUGUGUGACUGUACUUAUAUAGAAAUGCAUAACAAGUUGUCAAUAAUUAUAAAUUAAGUUAUUAGUAAAUUUCAGUACAAAAUUUAUAUUUAUGUUUACUGUUGAAAAGAAUAUAUUGUACAACAGUUAAUAUUUAUGAUAAUAAUUUGCUCUAUGUUAUUAUAUAUAUUAUAUGAUGUCAGACGAAAAUAAUAUCGCUUUGUGAUGUGU